AGAGAGGAAGCACCCAACCCCCCGCCCACAGCUUCGAUCUACACUGCAGAGAGUUUGACAGGGACGAUCGAUCGAUGGACCCAGCCCCGCUGCUUUUCCCCAAGCCCUUUCCGCACGCUUCGUCACUUGUUCGCAGGGGCGGCUCUUUUGGGCACGACCUCGCAGAAUCGGAGAACCAUCCAUGAGGGUGGGUCGUCAUGUGGUUGGAGCACCGCGUGAUGGCGAGUUCGGCUGGACAGUGCCUCUGCUGCUGCAUCUGCUGACUUUCAUGGCAGGCAUGGCAUCUUCAGCCAUCGCGACGCCGCCCAGUUGCUCGGGGUUGUCGGCUUCUGGCGCUGGGGGACGAGGAUCGGGUUGCUUCCAGGAGGAAGUAGUUUGGUCGCAAGCGAAGUUGCAAUGUCGGCUGGAUUGCGGGAGCACUAGCGCUGUUCGAAGUGGUGUUGGGAUCGGAGCCCAAUUCUUCCUGAAAUGUAGCAGAGAUUUUUUUCCCGUGUCCAGCUUGGACAAUGGUGGUGGGCGAGCCGGUCGUGUGGUGGAUAGUGUAGCAGUAGCGUGCGCUGCUUUUGAGAGGAGCGGAGGAAAUGGGGCACAGAGUGACCACGAGUUGGGGGAGAAAAGCUCCGGAGAAGAGUCUGCUUUGGCUAUUCAAUUCGAGGGUGGUCAGGAUCCGCCUACCAUAGUGUACGCUCCCAAUCGAAGGAUAGUUUCGAUUGGUGAUUUGCAUGGAGAUUUUGAGAGAGCACAGGAGGCUCUGGAGCUUGCUGGAGUUUUGAGUAAAGAUGGAAAACAUCGGUGGACUGGAGGCACUACGAUUUUGGUGCAAAUUGGCGAUGUGCUUGAUAGAGGAGAGGAUGAGAUCGCCAUCUUGUCUCUUUUAGCAUUGCUGGGCAGGGAAGCCCGCAGCAAGGGUGGGGCUGUCUUUCAGUUACUUGGCAAUCAUGAGGCGAUGAACGUAGCUGGUGAUUUCCGAUACGUUGCUCCUGGUGGCUUUUUAGAAGCAGAGGUAUUUGCGGAAUACUGCGAAGAAGAUCAUGGUGGAAAUUGGGAUGCAGCUUUUGAGGUUUGGCAUGAAGCUCGUCAAAAAUUCAAGAAACGCCAAGGAGUCGAAUUUUCUGGCUGGUUACCUAUGUUUAAUCCCAUCAAAAUGCAAAAUGCAGUCACGGUAAGAACGAAACUUUUGUCUCCGGGAGGACCAUUGGCAACGCACUUGGCUACUCAUGGGGUCGUACUGAAAGUGAACGAUUGGCUCUUCGCGCACGGAGGUGUACUGCCUUACCAUGUGGACUAUGGAUUGGAGAGAAUGAAUCGGGAAGUAAGCUUGUGGAUACAGAAGGAAAAUAAUAGGUUGGGACAACCCGCUCAUAUGCCUUUUGUUGCCGUCAAAGGUUACGACAGUGUAGUGUGGAGCAGGUUGUACUCUAAGGAGAACUUUGAUAGACCUCAAGAGAGAAUUCAGGCAUGUGGAACACUAGCAGCAGCAUUGUCUGCAACUAAUUCGCGAGGCCUAGUUGUCGGUCACACUCCACAAACAAUUGGUGGCAACAGCAAAUGCGAUGGACGUGUUUGGCGAAUAGACGUUGGCAUGUCUAGUGGAGUCCUACAUGCUCUUCCCGAGGUUCUAGAAAUUGUUGAUGACAAAGUGAGGAUUUUGUGCGCGAGGGAGGAGUUCCACCCGAAUGGGGAAGAGCCUUCAGAAGUAUCACGAUGGGAAGGCAAGAUGAAAAUGCACGAUCAUAGAACCUGAUGCAUUUUCGUUAAUUUUCAAGCAAACAAAGCUCGUGGUUGCAUCAAAGGCCUCUGUUAGCAAGCCCCUUACUCAUUAAAUCACAGGUUUUAGGGUUUAGGGGAUGCCCCAUCGGAGUAGUGCAUGGGAAUGAAAUUCCUGAUGUUAUGGAACAUUUUGUAUCAUACAAUGAUGUGUAAUAGAGUUUUUAUUUUUGUUUUUUGUUU